GAGCGCGGCAGAGCCAGGAGCCCGCCAGCCCGCCAGCCCGCCAGCCAGGGAAGCGGCGCCCCAGUCGCGCAGCCCAUGAAGGGUGGCCAGGCCCGGCGGGGUCCCCCCUGCCGCCACUCCGGCGCCGGACGGCAACUGCCGCGCAAGAUGUGAGCCGGUCGUGAGGCGGCGGCGGCGGCCGAUCUCUCCCCUGCCUGCCUGCCUGCCUGCCUGCCUGCCUGCCGGUGGCGCGGACUCUCUCGGCCGGCCGGCCGGCCGGGAUGCCUCGUUGAGGAUCUAGUCAGCCGGGACUGGAGCCACAGAGUCGCAGGCACCGGCGGGAUGUUCGCGCUGGAUCCGUUCGACCCACACGGCGGCGGCGGCGGCGGCGGCGGCGGCUCAGGCAGGAGCGGGGUGCCGGGCGAGCGGGGCGGCGGCUUUGGGCCGGGCGCGGGCUCCCAGUUCAAGCCGUCGCCCUUUCACGGCGGAAGCAGCGGCGGCGGUGAAGCGGCGGCCGUCAAUGCCCUGGGCGAGUCCUCUUCGACCCUGCUGGCCAUGAACCUGACCUUGUCCGGGGAGGGCUAUGGCGCUUUCCACGGCCCCCGCGGCGGCCCUCCGGAGUUGGGCCCGGCCCAGCCGAUCCACGGAUUCUUCGGCAGCCCGCCGCCUGGCCCGGCCGCGCACCACCAGACCCAACCCCCGGUCUCGCACUUCGGCGGUGGCUUCGGGCCCGAACCCAGCGCCUCCUGCCUGCACGGCGGCCGCCUCCUCGGCUAUUCGGGAGGCCAGCAGACGUUCGCGGCGGACGGCGGCUACGAGCAGCAUCUGGCGGACGGCCAGGCGGGCGGGGAUGGCUUCGGACAGCAGAGGGCGGGACCCCUCCAGGACUUCCAGCCGCCGCCGCCGCCGCCGCAUCAUCUUCACAAUCCCGGCGUGCCGGCCCCGUGCCUGCCGCUGGACCAGUCGCCUAAUCGCGCUGCCUCCUUCCACGGCUUGCCGGGAGCCGCCUCCUCAGAACCGCACGGCCUGGACUCGCAGAGGCGGCUGCCUAGCCAAGGAGCAGCCGCGGUGGAUGCCCUGGAAUAUAGUUACCCGAACAGCGAGAACCAUUUCGACUUGCCCGUUUUCUCGUCGUCAGAGGCCGAGGGGCAGCUGCCGCAGUACGGCUCCGGACGACAGGCGGCUCCGCCGGGAGGCAGCAAUUUCCCUGGGCACUCGGCGGCCUUGCCCCGAGCGCCGGGCUCCCUAGGGAAGGUGCCCAGCCAACAGCCCCCUCACGGCGUCUUCUUCGAUCGGUUCGGCGGCGCUCGCAAAAUGUCUCUGGGGCUGGAGCCGGGCCUGGGCGCCGGAAGGCACCACCUGGUUCAGCAACAGCCGCCGCCCCCGGCUCUCCUGGCCAGGCAGAAUUCCUGCCCGCCGGCGCUGCCGCGGCCACAGCAAUGCCCAGAGGGAAGCGCCGCCAACGCCAACCUGCAAGACGGCGGGGGCCCGAUUUUGCCGGCGCAGCACGGCCAGUUCGAGUAUCCCAUCCACCGGCUGGAGAACCGGGGCCUGCAGCACCACCCCCACCACCCGCAGCAGCAGCAGCAUCCCUACGGCCCGGCAGAGCCGCUUUUCAACGUGGCCCACCAGCACCAGCAGCCCCAGCAGCCGCCCAACCAGCGAUUGCAGCACUUCGACGCGCCCCCCUACGUGAACCUCCCCAAGAGGCCCCGUUUUGAUUCGUGGAGCGGCGGCGGCGGCGCAGGCAUGCACGGGGCAGCCGCCUUGGAGAGCCACCUGUCGCCCUCCGCGGCCUAUCCUGGCCUGCCGGGGGACUUCACUCCGCCGGUGCCUGAGCAUUUUCCGCCGCCGCCGCCGCCGGGCUCGGAUCCCCAGGCGGCUCUGCAGCAGCGCCAGAACGCGGCGCUGAUGAUCAAGCAGAUGGCGGCCACCCGCGGCCAAUCUCAGCGCCUCCGUCCACCCGGCCUGCAGCAGGUCGGGCACCAUCAACAUCCUCACGCUGCCGGCGGCCACGGCCAUCACCAGUCCCCGCACCAACACCCGGGCGAAGCCGCUUUCGAGGCGCAGGAAGGUGCUUGGUUCCCGCCGCCUCAUCCUCCGGCGGGCAGCGGAGAUUUGCUGUUCCGACCGGGAAUGGGCGGGUUGCAGGAGCCGCCGCCGGCCCUGCGGAUGUCCUCCGGGGGCGAAGGACACGUCCCCUCGCCAGGCGGCCUGCAAGGUCAGUUCGGCUUGAGCCCGCCGUCGGAGAGGCGGCCGAGCCACCCCGACUUCGCAGCGCAGGCGCAAAGCUUUCCUUUUGGGGGCCCCAGCCGCCAGGCCACCCCGCACAGCGCGUCGCCCGGGUCCUUUGGGCCGCCGACGGACUUCCAGAGCUCUGCGCCCCCUCCGUCGCAGCCCCGGCCCUCUCCGGCCAGCAGCAAGCUGGGCGCGCUCUCGCUAGGCUCUUUCCCAAAAGGGGGUGUCGGGGCGCCGCCCGGGAGCGCGGGCCCCAAGGAGAGCAGCGGCCUCUUCGGACAGAGCUGCCUGGCAGCGCUCUCCACCGCCUGCCAGAACAUGAUCGCCAGCCUGGGUGCGCCCAACCUCAACGUCACCUUCGGCAAGAAGGGCGCGCCCGCGGGGGUGGGCGGUGGGGCCGGCGGAGAGGGCGCCAAGCGGAACAAGCUUAGCCCCGCAGAGACUCCCGAAACAAACGGCGCAGGGCCGCAGCCUCCCCUCCCGGCCGCGACGGUUCCUGCGGGCGAAAACGGCCUCUCCCCCAAUUACUCCCCUGGAUCGGGCCCCGAGGCCAAAGCGGGAAGCGGACGAGGCAGGGGACGCAGGAAACGGGACAGCGGCCACGUCAGCCCAGCCGCCGGGGCGACUGGCGGCUUCUUUGAGAAGUAUGGCCCGACGGCGGGCGUCGAGAGCGGCAGCCCCGGACAAGGCGGGGAGCGAAGCGGCGGCGGCACCCCCCAUCUUCACGAGCCGCCCAAGGCGUUGAGUUCCCCGCCUUCUACCUGGGCCAAGGGCGGCGGCGACCUCCUUCUCCAGCCUCCCGCAGAGCAGGCCGAUCUCCUUCCCUCCCUGGACCAGGCUGAAUCCUGCUCCCCGCGCGGCGGCGGCGGCGGCGACUUCCCCGGCGAGGCGGAAAACGAGGAUGAGGUGUCUUCCAGCUCCGACAACCAGGGAGCCAAAGGGUGUCCCGCCGGGCGCAGCCCUCUUCAGCCGCCGGGCCGCCCGGUCGACCACCCGCUCCUGAAUGGACAGAAGCCGUCGGCGCUGGCUCAGCUGGGCCUGCACGGCGGCGGCAGCACGGCUACCUCCAGCCCUGAGAGCUACGGCGCCGGGCCCCCCGGGCCGGUGCAGGAGGAGAUUCACCCGCUGGAGAUCCUGCAAGCGCAGAUCCAGCUGCAGCGUCAGCAGUUCAGCAUCUCCGAGGACCAGCCGCUGGGCCUCAAAAGCGCCAAGAAGGGCCCCGAAGGCUCGGGCGGGGGCCAGAACGGGGACAGCGGCGAACUGAGCAGCUGUUGCGAGGGCGCCGGAGCCAAGGGCGCGGUGAGCACCAUCGACCUGGAAUCUCUGAUGGCCGAGCACUCCGCCGCGUGGUACCUGCCCGGAGACAAAGCCCUCCUGGACGGGGAGCCCGACGAGAAGGUCCUGGUGCCUUGGGAGAAAGCGAAGGCGCCCACGGCCGGCAAGGAAGCCCACGACCUCCCCUCAAGCAAGGCCUUGGCUCCAGCACAGACGGGCAGCCACUUGCAGUGUCUCUCUGUCCACUGCACGGAUGACAUGGGUGAUGCCAAGGGCCGGACUGCGGUGCCAACGUGGAGAUCCCUGCACUCGGACAUCUCUAACAGAUUUGGGACUUUUGUGGCUGCCCUGACUUGAAGAAGGAAGGAAACGAGGAGGAGGAGGAGGAGGAGGAGGAGGAGGAGAGGAAGAGGAAAAGUGGGUGGUUUUCUUCUGUUCUUUUUAUGUUUAACCAGCCGCUGCUACUAGUUGGACAGUUUUUCUAGGUUGGUAUCUGUUUAGCGGCAUACAGACUGGCAAGGGUUAAUUUAAAACAAACUCAACCUUUUUAAAAAAAGAAAGAAGGAAGGAAAGAAAAGAACAGCUGCCAUUUCUACUGCCGGAGGAGGAGCACCGAACGAAGGAGUCAGCGAUGUGGCCAAGCAGGGCCUUCUCCACCAGGGCUGGGAAGCAGGAUGGGUUCAGGAUUUUCCCCUCCCCCCUCCUUUUAAGAUUGAGAUGGUAAUCUGGAGAGCAGCACCGAAGUCCAAACUUCGGGUUUGGGAAAUUGCCUCCCCAAAAGCCAUCCAAGGGAUCCUCCCCACGAGCCUUUGCCUUUCCUGCCCACCACAGCCAAACCAUCAAUGCUCAGCCAAGGAUCCAGGCAGCUCUUUGUCUCAUUGGAGAGCGAGAAGGCGGGUGGGCGGGCGAGCGAGGAGGUGGGGGGAUGCAAGAUGAUCUCUUGCCUCCCCUCCCCACCUCAUUUUGCUGCUGCCUGAUUUCUGCUUUCUGGCACUAAGCUUCACAUUGCCUGUUUUCCUUGAAUGUGUGUGUGUGUGUGUGUGCGUGCGUGUGUGUGUGUGUGUGUGCAGGGGUGCGCGCGCGCACUUAGUGGCAGCUCUGCUCUCAGGGUCUGCCGGGCUCCACUUGACAGCUGAGUGCCUUUCCUGGAGAGGGGAGGGAGGGGGCCGCGUGCUCCCAGCCAGCAGCCCAGCCGCCUUGCUCCAGCCGGGUCCUCCUGCCCUGCCAACAGCCUCUCAUUGUCUUCCUCUGUUUCCUGCAGAGAGAGGCCCCUCUGCGGAGCGGGUCUGGAGAGCGGAGGGAGGUCCGAGGCAGCAGGAUGAGGCUUCCUCCUGCUCCUGGGCGGUGGCUGCUCUUGCUGCAAGGGAUUCAAAGCGGCAGAGCCGUGGGAGAAGGUCAACAGAGGUGCCAGCCUCACCAGAGGAAACGGAAGAGCCAGGCAACCACGAUGCCCCCGGGGUGGUAUUUCCAGCCUCAGGUUGGCAUUUCUAGCAGCAGGGAGGCUGCUCCGAGUCAGCCCCCCUGGUGCCUCAGGUGGGUCCUGCCCAGUGCUCAGUCUUGGUUGUGUGUGUGGGGGGGGGAGCAAGGUGUCCUCUGCAGAGCAGGCCCAGUUCCCACCCACAGCAAGCUCCCCACCCCGGUUGCUUUUUCUUCUUUGAAAUCUGGGAAACCUAUGGGGUGCAUUUCUUUUUUAAUGUCUUGGAUUUUUUGUGGUCUUUUUCCCCCUUUUUGCGGACAGUAAAAUUUUGAUCAGCCUCCUGUCCUGGCUGUCUGCACCUGUCCGGGGAGGUUUGUUCGUGGCUCAGAGGGAGCAGCACCAUGAUUCUGCUCCUCUACCAGCCUGUGGAGUUGCCCCACGGAGGGUUUUCUCCUGCCCUCCCCAUCUGGGGACCCUCAUCUUGCCAGAAAUCUGCAAGAAGUGAGUCAGGAGGUGGGUCUUUAUUCUGUUAUUUUCUGAAAAUAAGCUUUUGUAAGAAGAAAAACCAGCACAGUGGAAUUGAAGCAUUAAAAUAAGAAUAACAACCACAAAGAAAAUCCUAAAUAAAGAGCGACAAUGUUAAAAUGCAAACUUUAAAAACACAGCAAACUCAAACUUCAUUCAGGCAAAGAGAAAAAUAUUUUCAAGUGAUGUUUAAAAAUUACUGGAAAAUAGCUUUAACAGCAAAACAAUAAAAUAAAAAUAGAGUUGUCAGAAAUUAUCAGAAAACUGCCUACUGAAAGCAUUUAGUUGAGUAACAUCCUGCACUGUGAAGAAAAGGAAAGGAAGAAAACCCUGAGGAUUGCAGAACUGUUCAGGCAGAGGGCCAGUGAUUCCUCCGAAAAUCACUGGAAACCUGCUGAAGACACACACAAGAGCACACACAAAUGGGUCUUUUUUUGAGGGCAGAGCUGGGUGCCCUCCUCUGCUAAACUGGGCCAUAGCCACUAUCAAAGCGGGUGUGGGGCACCUGAGGGCACAGGCACCCCUUUGCAAGAAACAACUUUGCGGCUAAACCAGGCCAAGCUUUUCUGAGGACUCUGCAAACAGCCCCUCGUCUUCUCUGGAAAGGCUUCGGGGGGGGGGCGAGGUGCUCCUCAGCCAAAGGUCCAGAACUGCUCUGCACAAUUAACAGCAGCUUUUCUGAUGGGGAAAAGCAAUCUAAAAUAAGCCAGCCAUUUUAACCAAGAUUUUAGGAUAAAAUUAAGUUUAGGGGGACUUGCCAAUUUUUUUUCUUGGUUUCAUUCCUGCCAGAAUUCCCCAGCCAUCGCAGCUUUAAAAACAAAUCCUAAAAGAAAAGGAUGUCCUUAUUUUCAUUGUACUGGAAAAGAGCCCCUUCCCCUCCCUUCCCCUCCCCUCCCAGCCAAAUCCCUCCUGCUCAGUCCGAAGAAGAAGCAAAGUUAUUGCACAUGUAAAAUAUUAACAUGGAGGGCAACUUGUAAUCUCCCCUUCCCGCCUCUUCCCCUCGCCCAUCCCCUUUUCUGGGAAUUUAGUUUAAAUUGGUUUCUCAAGGCUUGGUUGGAAGACUGUGACAAAAGCUCAUAAAAAGUGAGUGUUAUUUUCUUUCUUUUUUAAAUAUGUAAAGUGCAGUCUUCUCUAUUCAUGCAUAUUGUAUAUAUCUGUAUAUGUUUUACUGAGCAACUAAAUAACAAUAAAUAUGAUGUUAAUGGUGA